AUGGCUGAAGACGUAACAGAAAAGGAACAUGUGCAGAUUUCCAAUGAAUUGCUGUCUCCACAAAAGUCAAUUCUGGAUUUCUUCAAAUCCCCUGACAAACCCAAGUCUGCCAAGAAGCCUGUUAGUCUUAUUUCCUACUUUGGAACUGCACAGCAGAGGGAAGCAGAACAAAAACAGCAUGAAAGCUUAAAUGGAAUAGAAAAACUAAAUGGAAGUCAUAGUGACAAGAAUGGUGAAAAGGGACCUGGCAAGAAACGCAAACAGAAAGACAGAGACACAGAAAAAAAUGGAGACGAUUUUGAGGAAGAGCAAAAAAGUAAAGGAAAGAAGAGAAAGAUGUGCAAUGAGAAUGUGAAACUGUCAAUGAAGAAAGAAGAGAAACAGAAAGAUGAAAAAGAUAUUUCUAGUAUGGAGAAUUCUAGUUUAGUGAAUGGCAAUGUUGACCACGGUAGUUUUGUUGAUGAACUUGAUUCAAAGUUAAAAACAAAGGAUGGAAAAUGUAAAGACAAGAAAAAAGCACUUCAAUUUGUUUGUGAAGAUGGAAUGGUCGGCGCCCAACAAAAUGAAUCCAAUUUUGAUAAACAGGAAGUCAAAAGUACAAAACAUUGUACCGAGAGUGCUGCACAAGAAAGCGAGGAAAAAAUGGAAGAAAAAGAAACCGUUUCUGAAAUGUGCUAUGAAGAUUUUAUCAAAAGUUUAGGUAAUGAUGUUUCUGAAACUGACAAUCACAAAGACACAGAAUCUGAUGUCCCUGAAGAAUUAACAAAAGACAAAAUAAGAGAGGAACAUACAGAAGAAGAAACUGAAAGUAAAGACACAUACAAAGAAACUGAAAGUAAAGAAGACCAGUACAUUAAAAACUAUCCAACUAUUUCCAAUUUCUUCAGUAAAGUUGAAAAAACCCAUGCAUCAGUUGAUCCCACUGACCCAAAAGUUCUUGGAAAAGUGACUGUCAAAGUGGAUAUACAUUCUGAACCAUCACCAAAUAACAACAUACUUGCCAAUCAUGUACAGAUUAAAUCACCGCCACUUUUUACAAAGAAAGAUGAAGAAGAGAUUGAAAUCAUUAGCUCAGAGACCAUAACAAUAGAUUGUACACCUUCCAGUAAAAAAUCUUUAUUUGGAAUGAAAACCGAUCCCACUGAUGAUAUAAGUUGUGAGAAAUUAGAAAGCAAAAUGGAAAGUUUGUCGUCCUGUGAGGACAGCUGUAUGUCCGAGGAUAGUAGUGUGUGUAUUGUUGAAGAUGUGGAAGAUGUUAGCAUUUUGGAAAGGAAGAAAUGUUUUCUUCAGAGUGCCACUGUGCCCGAGGUACCAGCUAAAACUACUCAAGUUACCCUCAGUUUCUCUAAGGCUGGGCAGAAACCAGUGAAACCAACACACUCCACAAGAGUCAGGAAAAAGGACCAUCCUAGCACUGACUUGGCCCCUGUGUUUGACAGUACACCUGAUAAAAAGUGCAAAGUCUCCAGGAAAUCUAAAAAGGCUUGUAAUUUAGAUGAUGAUAAAGAGAACAAGAAAGAUCAAGGUGCUCCGGAUAAAGCCAGGACUCCCCUCAGAAAGGUUACGAAGGAAAAAGUGAAGAAAACAUCAGAGUCCGAGAAAGUGAAGGAUGGAAUAAAUGAACGCAGGUCUUCUCUUCGGUCCCGGUAUCGAGUCGCAAUCAUUGGUGCUGAUGAUGAGAAAAAAACGCCCAUCAGAAUGAAAUUUAAUAGGUACAGCAAGAGUAGUAGCAGUGGAGUAGAUGAAUGCGACAACUUCACACCCCGUAGUUCCAAACAGUCAAAGAAAACCAAGUUAUCAAAAGCAAAGGAACUACUACAGAAGGCAAAACGUAAAAGUAGCAAGAAUAAUAAGAUCCAGAAGUCCAGAAAGCAGUCUAAAAUGCAUGCAGAGAGUGAAAAGGAAUUGUCAGAUGAUGCCAAACCUGUUGGUAGGAGACGAAGCUCAAGACUGUCAGAUAAAUUCUCAAAUGAAUCUGUAGUUAUUGUGGACAGCAAUGGCAGCGGCGAUGAAGUAGAUGGUUGUAGUGUCAAAACUCCCAAGGCCAAGAGUAAAACAAAAACAAAAGGCAGCAAAUCUACUCCAGCCAAGUGCACACCCAGUAAAGGUACUCCUGCCAAGUGCAAAAAGACUCCUUCAAAAAAGUCAGGUAAGCUAGCCUCAAUAUUCUUGAGUAGAAAAGCAGCCAAGGAAGAGAAGAAACCUGCUGUAGUAUUAGAUACUGAGGCUGAAAAAUUAAAGCGGGCUUUUCUGAUGAGUGGAGUUCCAGAUGAGCUGCGACGUCAAGUUGUAACAAGUGAUGUUGUAAUUGUUGAGGAUUACCCGCCCCUUCCUAUUGACAAUCACACCCAGCAGAGUGAACCAGAAAGGGCAAAUAAACAUGGUAUCAAAGUUUGGGAUCUCUUAGAUGUCACUCUACCCAAAAUUGGCACAGACAUCAAGAGUCUUCCUUACAGGCCUGUGGAAUGGAGACAGGAUCUCAUUGGCACUCAUUCAAACAUGUCUGACUGUAGUAGGAUAAGGGAAUUCCAAAAACAUCCCAGGAUUGAAGAUGGAGAUGUUGAGAAGAUAUUAGCAGAGAUAUCAUCCUACUGUCCUACCUAUCCAGUCAGCAAGGUGUUUUCUGUCCUCAAGAUGAAGAGGGAUGACUUUGAACAAGAAGCCAAGGAAGCUGAACAGUUGGAUAAGAAAACAGCCUCUGAAGAGAAAAGUGAGAAAAAGGAGAAGGCAGCACCUCGGCGAAGUCUUAGGAAGCGUGUGAGCCUUGAACUACCACAGGUUGUGGAGUUGGGAGGAAGUCCUCCCCUCUCCACCACAGGGGAUACACCAUCCUCUGAGGACCCUGUCAAUAAACAAGAAACAGUACCGACAGUAAACUGGACAGACAAGUAUCUUCCACUGCAUUCAUCAGAGGUUGUGGGUAACACAGCAAAGGUGAAAAAACUGCAGAGCUGGCUGGUGGAAUGGAAGCAGAGACUGGAUAAGGAGGCUCGCAAAGCCAAGAAACUACAACUGAAACAGAACAAAGGCAAACAGAACAAGGACUCUAGUAACAGAGAUGACUGGUGGGAUGAUGAUAGUGACUUUGCCUUAGACAGCGAUGACAGUGAUGAGGAGGAGGAUCGCCUCUGUAACACUUCCUUGUUGUGUGGACCUAGUGGUAUCGGUAAAACAGCUGUUGUCUAUGGGCUAGCACAUGAGCUAGGCUUCAAGGUGUUUGAAGUAAAUGCUUCAUCAAAUCGAAAUGGAAAGCGGAUCCUGGCACAACUACAGGAAGCAACACAGUCUCAUCAGGUGUCUCGGGGGACUGACACACCCACAAAAUGUCCACCCUCAAAAACAGCACAUGCUUCACAGCCAAAUGCAAAGAUGCCUUCAGCAUUUUCAAAUUUCUUCAAACAAACAUCUUCAAACUCCUCCAAUAAAACUGCAUCUGGAAAAGAAGGAAAAGGGAAGGGGAAAAGUGACAAAGAAUGUGGUAAGCUGAAGAAACGCAAGAGAGAUUCAGAAAUUCCAGAAAAUACGGACAAGAACACUCCUAUAAAGAAAAGUAAAAAGAAGUCUGACUGUACUGUUCCUACUGAUCCCAAAGCUGAUGGCAGUCUCAAUUUGUCCAGUACAUCUCUCAUUCUGUUUGAGGAGAUAGAUGUAGUGUUUCCUUCAGACCAUGGAUUCUGGGCAGCUGUACAACAAUUUAUGGCUACUACGAAGAUUCCCAUCAUACUGACCACCAGUGACACAGGUCUGGUCAAUAAAUUUGAUGGACGGUUUGACCACUACCGGUUCAAGACGCCACCUUAUCGGAAUUUAGCAGUAUAUCUACAGCUGAUGUGUCUUGCCGAGAAUGUGAGGACAGAUUUCUGGGAUAUGUACAAUCUUGUGUCAUUGUGUUGUGGCGACAUUCGUCGAUGUAUCCUCUCCCUUCAGUACUGGGUGAUAUCAGGUGCUGGUGUAAAGGGCAUUCAACGCAGUAUACACAGAACACUGGGUAUACAACCACAGCUACAAACAGAUAUAUCGAUGGAAAACAGUGUCGUAGAAAAACAGGAUGAAAUGUCACAACAGAAACAAAUAUCCAUUACGAAUGACUAUGAUGAUGAUGAUGACUUUGUCUGUCUGAAACCGGUCUGUCAGAAGCGUAGCAGUAGGUUUGUCAGUGAUGAUGAGGAGUCCAAUAGUAUGCCUCCUGUACCUUUAUGCUAUAAUCAGGAUAUUGUUCCUGUUGGGAAUAAAGACACAGACACAGAGAAAGAACGUCUUCCCCAGGUACAUCUUGGCCACACAACAUCUUUACAGGGUCUGAUGUUACAGGGCCAUGACAGCAUCAUAUCUCUACUGAGACAAAUGUUAAAGAUUGGUGAUGAUGGUUUGGUGUCGUUAGCAAGUCAAGUUUGUCGUCAGUAUCAGUCAUUGAAGUGUGACCUCCUUUACCGCCAUCACCUCUCACUCCUGCCACUUACCACAGUGGAGUCGCUGCCACUAAAGCAUACACAACAUGUGGUUGACAGUGUGCAGAAUAAGUCUCGCCGUAGGAUAAAGACAAUUGAUCUUUAUGAUAGUGAAACAUCUAAUGAUGGUCUUGAGCAGCCAAUGGACUCGCAGGAAACACAAAUUGAAACUCUGCCCAAAACACAAGAUCCUAAAGAAUCGGAAUUGAUAGGGAAAUCUCUUAAUUCGUUUUAUAGUUUUUAUGACAAUUUGUCUUUAGCAGACUCAAUGGUAGCAUUAGAGGAUAGGUUAUCAUUGCAUGGCAGAUCUGAGUUUGACUCCAACUUUCAUUCAGAUAUACAGCUUUAUAGUUGUAGACAGUUAUACAAGACACAUAUGUCUAUGAAAAAGGAUAUUAUAUCAUCAGAACACAUCUGUGUACCCAUUACACAGGAUACUCCCAGGGUAGAGGAGCUCCAGGGCAAGGACCAUGUCAGUACUAGUGUUGACACACCCACCAGUAGGGCAAGCUGUAAUGUACGGACCAGUUUACCCAUUGGGAUUUCGGCGAAUGGAGUUAACCAGGAAUACCUACCCAUGCUCCGAGCCAUAUGUAAAUCAGAGCAGUUGCGAGAACAAGCCAAGAUUAAACGACGGUUUCAGCAUUACUUGGACAGUAUCGGAUUAACACUGAAGGACAACACAUUAUCUGUACUCUGUACAACAUUCAGAUAAUGACAAUGACAACAUCAAUGCUGACAGUUCUCUGUAUGAAGUGUAGGUGAUCGCUGGUCAUUUCUAUGCACAGAUCUUGAGUGAUGGCGUGCCAAUUCUGUGUACAGAUCUCAAAUGAUGUUGGGUAAUUUCUGUGUCAAGUGCUCCGAUGAUGGCUGGUCAAUUCUCUGUAUGACACACAAGUGAUGGCUGGUCAGUUCUUUGUAUUACACUGGCCAAACAAUUCAGUGCAUGACACUCGGGCCAUGACUGGGCAGUUCUCUGUACAGAGCUCUGGCGAAGGCUGGUUAAUUCUGUGUACAAUUCUUGGGUAACAUUAGCCAAUUCUCUUUAAAGGGCUAGGGUAAUGGCUGAUAAAUUCUCAGUACAAGGCUCAAAUGAUGACUGGACAGUUUUCAGUACAAGGCAUAGGUGAUGCUGGUCAGUUCUCUAUAUAAUGCUUAGGCAAUGUCUGCUAAAUUCUCAACACAAAAGUCUAGUGAUCAUAACAGCUAGUCAAUUUGUAGUUUGAUGUUCAGAAAAUAAUGCGGUCUACAAUUCAAAUUGCCCUACAUUCAUAGUAUUUGGUCUGUCCAUCCGUAAACAGUUUUUAUCAUUGCUAAUUUUUGAGAAGUACUGGAUAGAUCUUUCUCAAGUUUCCUAUGUAGGUUCCUGUUGGUCCCAAGCUGAGUCCAUUUGAUUUUGGGACAGAUCAGAAAAACAGGAUGAGGGGACAGGUGGCAAUCUUGAAUUUUUUCAAUGAAGUUUGUUAUUGCUAUUCCUUGAGAAGUACUUAAUGGAUCUUUCUUAAAUUUCCUCUGUUGGUUUCCAUUUGUCUCUAGUUGUCCCCAAAUCAUUUGUGGACUGAUCAGAAAAACAAAAUGGCCGACACGGCCGUCUUGGAUUUAGACUUUGCAAGUUUGUUAUUGCUAUUUCUUGAGAAAAACUGCAUGGAUCUUUCUUAAAUUUCAUGUAUAUAUUUCUCUUGGUCCCUAGUUGUGCCUGCUUGAUUUUGGGAUUGAUCCUAAAACCAAAAAGGUCAACAGGCAGCAAUCUUGGAUUUUAUCUAGUAAAAAAAUUGUUAUCCCUAUUUCUUUAGAAGUACUAAAUGGAUCCAUCUCAAAUUUCAUAGGUAUGUUCCCUUUGUUCAUAGCUGUGCCUGUUUAUUUUAUGGACUGAUCAGAAAAAACAAAAUGGCUUUUAGAUCACCAUCUUGGAUUUUGCAGGUUAAGAUUAUCAUCGCCAUUUCUGCAAAGGAACGUUCAAAUUCUUAUCAUUUAGAGUAAAAACAAAAGAGAAGAGAGAAGACAGGAAAAGAUCCACCUUUCAAAGAGCAAAUAAAGAUCAAACAAUGGUAUGCACCAAGAUCCUUCUGGAAUCUCUUGUACUUUAGUGGAUUGAGAAAAGUCAAAUUUCCUGUUCAGAAAUUUUGAAUAAUAUGGAAAAUAUAGACAUGAAGAAUUUUUUUUAAUGAUGUAUCUUUUUGCUCAGUAGGUAAGACAAAAACCGAUUCUAUAAAUAUUUACAUGUUUAUUGAAAGAAUAGGCUAUUCUUUACAGUUAAAAUUGUGUGUAUUGAAAAGGAAGAAUAUGCUUAAAAGUCAGAAUGGUUGAAGAAGGUAAUGAUUGUCCAUUAAACCAACAGUGGUCUUUGAUCCUAUUGCACUGAAAAAAAAUUCUGAACUUAUUUUGAUAAGAAGAGAUGUUUCAGUAUGUUGCAUAUGUAUAUUUUGAAGGAAAACCAUCUAAUUUGAUAUUUUAUUGAUACAUUUGGUUGUAUCUAACCCAGGGCAUUUGGUAUCUUUCAUCAUUUUGUAGAAAUGACGAAAAUAUCUUAUAUUUAAAACAUAAAUCCUUUGCUAAAUGGAAUAAACUUGAAAUGAAAAAAAAUAUUUUUAUUGAAGACUGUUAACUGAAUGUAUUUGAAUGGAUGUAUUAUUAGUUGAUAUUUGUGAAACAUAUUUUAAAAAUUUAAUGAAAAUCAUAUUCAUGUAUUAAUUGAAAAGUGAGACCUAGAAAUUUAAGUUCAUGUCAUCUUUGAAAUUCAAGGGUUCUGCUCUCGAUUCAAAUAAAUUCUCUGGACCCUUAUAGGCACAGGUUAGAGCCUUAGACAUGACAAAAUGGCAGGCUUAUGCAAGUUUUUUCAAUGGUUCCAGGUAUGAAAACCUGAUAAAUUGCAGGUCAGAUUUGCUCUGGUGCAAGUCCAAUAUGCAGUUGCUUGAUUUCUGUUACUGUUUAACAAAGAGAUCACGGGUAUACAAUAUUUCUAGUUUCCAGACUAGUCAACUUUCAUAUCUCAUCCACAACAUAUGUAAAUACAAACCGUUGGUUUGUCAUGGUCAAUUCCAUGCAUAAUGAUAGGAUUCAAGAGUGAAAUGCUUUGAUUUUGAAGAUGAAUUAUGUACAUGAUUUUUAUAUUUAUUUAAUUUAUGUUUGUAUUUCUAAGGCAAAACAGAAAUGAAUUUAAGAGACUA